AUGCACUCUCCUCUGACCCCCGAAUUCGACGCUUGGGUUCGCGCCCUCUUGAAGGAAUGGCACGUCCCAGGCAUGUCACUCGCAGUGAUUGACGGAUCUAAGACCUUCUCUAAAGGAUACGGCAUCGCUGUGUAUCCCGAUACCAAAUGCACGCCCGAUACCCUAUUUCACAUGGCCAGUACGACCAAGGCCUUCACCGCGGCGGCCAUGUCCCUGGUUAUCGACGAUAGCAAGAACCAGGAAGCAGGUCAGAUCCACUGGAGGACGCCCCUGGCAUCCAUUAUCCCUGAUGAUUUCGUCCUCGAGGAUGAAUACACCACCGCACACAUCACCAUCGAAGACGCUCUCUCCCACCGCACCGGCGUACCCGAUCAUAUCCGCCACUACGGUGGAACGGGAUCAUCGCCCCGCAGCAUCAAAGAUACCGUCCGCGUCUUGCGACAUCUCCCAGCUACAGCUGAGCUGCGCACGAAAUACAUGUAUAACAAUCUCAUGUACACGGCGGUCGCCCAUGCCAUUGAGGCCCUCACGGGGGAGAACCUCGGAGCAUUCCUGCUUCAUUGCGUGUGGACACCCCUCCACAUGACCAGCACUUACUGGACGCGCGAAGAUGCGCAGGCUGGCGACAACACCCUGGCACAGGGAUACACCUGGGAUGCAAACAAAAGCGAGUAUACCCCCGAGCCAUGCCCUGACAUCAUCGGCGGAUAUGGUGCCGGCGCCAUAAUUAGUAGUGUAGUCGACUAUGCACGGUGGAUUCAAUGCAUGAUGACAUGCAGCGGGCCGCUGAGCGAAAAUGCUCACAGAGCGCUCAUACAACCGCGGACUAUCAUUGCUGAGGACACAACGAACUUGUUCCCCGGUACGCAUCUCUAUGCACUUGGCUGGACACGGGAUACCUACCAUGGAGAGGAUAUCAUCUGGCACGACGGUAGUGUUGCUGGUUAUGGAUCCACAAUGAUGUAUCUUCCACGGCGGCAGUGGGGUUUGGUCAUGGCGGGGAAUACUACGCUGACGAGUAACAUCGUGCAGGUGGUACUGUAUAUGCAUCUACUGGAUGAGGUACUGGGAAUCCCAUCACAGGAUCGAGUGGACUGGCAACGGCAGAUUUCCGCGAGAAUUGUCAUUUGGAGGGAGAAGCAGGCGCACGCGAAGGACCUUUUAUACUCUGAGUUGCCUGCCGUACUAAUACCGCCUGCACUCGGAAUACGGGAGUAUGCGGGCCUGUACGAGCAUCCGGGGUAUGGUAGGCUGGAGCUCAGUGUGGAUAUAGGUGGUUUGGGCCUCGUUGCGGAUCGACUGACGUGUGAGGUGCCGAUGGUGAUUGCAAUGGAGCAUGUCAGUGGGGAGUUCUGGCUGGCGACGCUGGGGGAGAGGAGCCAGGACCCUCGCGAUCAUGAAAGGGUGCGAGCGGAGUUUAGGAUCGGUAUAGAUGGUGUAGUGAGCGAGGUGGGAAUAGAUUUCGAAGCGGAAAUGAAUGGCGAGAAGAUUUGGUUUCAAAGAAAAGCGUAG